AUGUCGGCCAGAGGCGGUAGAGGUGGCGACCGCGGAGGAGCCCCGCGCGGUGGACGCGGUCGCGGAGGAUUUCCCGCCCAGGGCGACCGAGGAGGAGCCCCCGCCCGCGGAGGCUACGGCGGCCCGCCCUAUCGCGGCGGAGGAGGCGGCGGCGGCGACCGGGGCGGCUUCCGUGGCGGACGUGGAGCCGGCGGCGGCGGCGGCGGCGGCAGAGGAGGCUUCCAGCAGGGUCCGCAGGUCUUCGCCGCCAACGCCAUCCCCGCCCCCAAUGCUCGCGUCACCCAGGCCGAAGACGCCAUUCAGAAGGCCGUCGCCGGUACACAGGGUCUCGGUAGCCUGUCGCUGGACGACCAAUUCCCGGGCCGUCCGGGCUUCGGCACCAGAGGCACCCCCGUCACCCUCUGGGCCAAUUACUUUGAACUGGCUCCACCCAAGGACCUCGUGCUCCAUCGCUACGACGUUAAUGUCUCCCCGGAGGCCAAGGGCAAGAAGCAGAACCAGCUCAUAAGGCUACUGCUUGACACCCCCGAGCUGAGCCCCUUCAAGGCCGACCUCGCCUCGGAUUUCAAAUCCACCCUCAUCUCGCGGAAGAAACUGGACAGAGACGAGAUCGUCGUCGGCUUCCAGUACCGUGCCGAAGAUGAAGACGACCCUCUCCCCAAUGCUCAGAUGUACCGCAUCCGCGUCAAGUUCACCAACACCCUGAGCGUGGGCGAGCUGCUGGAUUACCUGACUUCCUCCAACAUGGGCACGCGUUACCCGGACGAACAGCCCAUUACCCAAGCUUUCAAUAUCUUCAUGAACCACCACUCCAAGGCCUCCAACAAUCUGGCCACCAUUGGCAAGAGCAAGACCUUCUCCGUUGGCGGCGAAAAGUUUGACCUUGGAGUUGGCCUGGAUGCCAUCAGAGGCUUCUUCUCCAGUGUUCGCAUGGCCACUUGUCGCGUGCUGGUCAACGUCAAUGUCAGCUACGGUGCCUUCUACCAGGAUAUUCCGUUGGUGGAGCUCAUGCGCAAGUAUGGUACCGGCAACAAGCUCCGCCUGGAGAAGUUCCUCAAGAAGCUCAAGAUCAGGACAACCCAUCUUCCUGAGAAGAAGAACAAGUCAGGCAAGGUCCUCCCAAGGGUGAAAACCAUUGCUGCUUUUGCGAACAAGUAUGACGGACGCAACUUGGAGCAUCCACCCAGGGUCAAGGCCUACGGCGCCGGCCCGAAGGACGUUGAGUUCUGGAUGGACAGCGCGCCCCAGCAGACGUCUGCAGGCUCGGGAGGUGGCGGCAAAGGAAAGGGCAAAGGCAAGACCGCCGGCCCGGCGAAGCCACAGCCCGCGGGCUCUUCUGGUGGUCGCUACAUCAGCGUCUACGAUUUCUUCGUCCAAGGCAAGAAGAUUGCCGAUCCCUCGCUCCCAGUCGUCAACUGUGGUACGAGGGAUCACCCAUCAUACCUCCCUCCCGAAGUUGGUGUUGUGAUGCCCGCUCAGCCAUCCGCGUCAAAGCUGGAUCCAGACCAAACUGCUCAAAUGAUUAAAUGUGCCGUGCGUCGGCCGUGGCAAAACGCUACGUCCAUUGUCAACGAGGGAUACCAGACAGUUGGCCUCAACAAGGAAGGAAACCUGCAGCUGGCGCAAUUCGGCAUCACGGUUCCGAAGUCGUUGAUCACCGUGCAGGGACGCAUCCUCAAUGAGCCCAAGGUGGUCUACAAGCAAAACAAGCCCGCGAAGAUGCAAGGAGGCUCUUGGAACCUCCUGAACGUCCAGUUCCACACUCCGGGCACGGCGUUGAAGAAAUGGUCCUACCUGCUCAUCUCCAUGCCGGGCUACCCGGACACCUUGCGUGAAGGAGACUUGCAGCCUCUCAUCGCCAACUUCCAUAAUACCUUGAAACAGACGGGCGUCCCGGUUGAUGCCCCCAUGCCAGGCAAACUGCUGCGCAUCCGAGAUCAAGACGACCCCGAGCUAGACGCCAUGUUCUCGCGUGCGUCGAAGGGGCUCGACCUCCUCUUCAUCAUCUUCCCCGGCAUCAACAAGAAGCUACCGGUCUACAACCGCAUCAAGCGCCUUGGCGACUGCAAGUACGGCGUCCACACCAUCUGCACCGACGGAUCCAAGAUCCAAAAAGAGCGCGGCCAGGACCAAUACUUCCGCAACGUCGCGCUGAAGUUCAAUCUCAAGCUCGGUGGCGUCAACCACACCGUCUCCAACAUUCCCCCCCUCCUCGACAUGUCCACCACCAUGGUCGUCGGCGUCGACGUCACCCACCCCUCCCCGGACUCUAGCAACACCGCUCCCAGCAUCGCCGCCAUGGUCGCCAGCAUCGACGCCCGGCUCGGCCAGUGGCCCGCCACCCUUUCGGUCCAAUCCGCCGCGCGCCAAGAAAUGGUCUCCUCCCUCACGCCCAUGCUCAUCUCGCGCCUGCGCCUGUGGCAGACCAAGGGCAAAAACGCCGCGCUCCCGGAGAACAUCCUCCUCUACCGCGACGGCGUCUCCGAAGGCCAGUACAACCAAGUCCUGCACGACGAGAUCCCCCAGCUCCGCGAAGCCUGCCGCCAGGUGUACCCCGCCACGCAGACGGCCAAGGGCCUCCCGCGCCUCGCCGUCGUCGUCGUCGGCAAGCGCCACCACACGCGCUUCUACCCCACGAGCGAGCAGCACGCCGACAAAAACUCAAACACCAAGCCCGGCACCGUCGUCGACCGCGGCGUCACCCAGGCCGCCCGCCAGUGGGACUUUUUCCUCCAGCCCCACUCCGCCCUGCAGGGCACCGCCCGCCCCGCCCAUUACUUCGUCGUCCUGGACGAGGUCUUCCGCGCGAGGUAUGCCGGCCCCGGGAAGAAACCUCUGCCGCCCGGAUGCAAGAACGUCAGCGACGUCCUGGAGGAGUUGACCUUGGCGCUGUGUUAUCUGUUCGGCCGCGCGACCAAGGCGGUCAGUUAUUGCCCGCCGGCUUAUUAUGCGGAUAUCGCGUGUGAGCGGGGAAGGGCGUAUCUGAGCGAUGUGUUUGAGGCGAGCGUGGCGGGGUCGUCGAGUGGUGAGGGUGCACAGGGUGGUGGGCAGGUGAGGGACGAGGAUAUCAGGCUGCAUGAGAAGUUGAGGGACUCGAUGUUCUAUAUGUAG